AACAUCGCCAUGUUGACGAGCCGGUGCAUACGUUCGAUUUCCAAGCUCUCUUCCUCAGCGCGCCUAGUGCGCCAUGCCUCAAGACUUCAGCAAGGAAGCUGUAAAGAAGGGAUUAAUGUACAGAUUGGAUUAUUAGGAAGAUCGUCCACGGGUGGUCAGUGCUUAGCUGCACAAGGCAAGUUUGGCAAGCGCUUCACCAGGAGUAUUUAUGCGACAACAGUAGCAGCUGAUUUUGCCAGGAUACCAGAGAUGAUGGCUAACAGUCUAAUUGAAGCUGCUGGAGUUGAUGCUGGCGUAGCUGAUGAUGAUGACGAAAUGACGAGUUCGGUAAAGAAGGGGAAACAUAGAAGGAUCAAUUGUGGCUGGUGUAGCUGAUGACGAUGAUGAAAUGACAAGUUCAGUAGAGAAGGCGCAACACAGAUAGAUUAAUCAUGGUUAUUAACAAAGGAUAAAGUGACAGUGAAAUGUGAUGGGAAGCUUUGUCAAGCACUGUUUUAAAGUUUAGGUUCAUAAGGAAGACCCUGCACAAUUCUUUUGCCUAUCCUGAGAGCCUCAGCUUUCUUUUUAAUCUCAUUUUAUCAAACACUUUUUUUAGCCUUUGACGAAAGUAUGAGAAAGGAGUUUCUAAAUUUCCAAUGUAUGUUUAGACAGUUUAAGCUUGCUGAUAUAAAAAAAGGUGUUGCAUGUGUAGUAAUAUUUUCAAAACUCUGCCCUGAUAAGCAAUAAUAAAACAUGUCAUCUUGCUAAUUUAAUGGAAUUUACAUGAAACCAGAACUAGCUCAAGAGAUUGAACUCCACAGGCUUCAGGUGUUCUUUCCUGAAGAGCAAUAAAAUUUUAUAGUUUUCUGCUA